AUGAAGAACACGCAGUUCGUACCCGACACUCCACCUGAUGCUCCACCAGAGUAUGGCACUAUCAACCCCGGCCCUUCCCAAGCUGCUGCUGCAUCCACCCAAGCAGCCGGAAGUAACUCCAAGGCGCCUUUGAACGCGAGGCUCGAUACCCUUGCCGGGCUUUACACACCCCAGCCUGCCUUAGAGACCGCUCCUCUUCCUGGAGAGCCGGCAGAACAGGGAUGGGUAAGCUGGGCAGACUACGUCACUUGGGGCGGGAUGAUGCAGGCUUUCAAGAAGAAACAGAAGCAAGACGAGACGAGGGCGACUAUGCGUAGUCUUAUACAUGACACGCUGAAGAACCUCUCCGACCCCGGGGCUCUAGAGGUCCUGCAUUCCUGUCAAGCCGCCUGUCGUGCCCAUGCCCUCCCUUUCGAACAGCUCAUUCAGGAAGACGUCGAGGGUCACACCCCUCUCUACUGGUCGAUCCUCGCUGUCUGCCAUCUUCCCUCCGCACAAGGAACUCCGCGACCCUCAUACGACAACGGAGUCGGGAACGACAUCCUCGAGCUCCUCCUCUCCGUCCCCUUAGAAGACAGGACCAUCGCAGACGCGCGCUCUGCUCUCAUGCUCAACAACGCCAACUCGCUCUUCCAGGCGCUCCGUACAUACCCAACAUUCGAGAAGACGAGCUAUGCGGAGACCGUGAUCGGCCUGCGCGGACCGACGACCCCCACACUGCCUAGUGGAAGCACCCCGGGCCGGGUGAGCAUCGUCCAGGUUGAGGAGAUCUCCGAUACCGGCGUUGGCACUUUCCGCGUAGGCUGGGAAAUACCGAUGUGGUGCAAGCGCGUCAAGGUCGCGCGUAAAGUGACUGUACAGUGGAUUGCCCGCGGCAGGGGAUGGCAGUGUUCUGCUUCUAUCAAAGAAGGCCAUUGGGUGAUCGGUAUCAAGCUGCUCAAGAAUAGCGCAAGCACGCCAAUCACUGGCGUGCUCCGGCUUGGACCGUUAGAUGCGAAGGAGAAAGUGGAGCUCAAGUACCAGAGAAGGAAGAUGGAGACCAAGGACCACACGUACGACAUCAGGCUUGAUAGCGUACUUGGCGGAGCGACCUUGGAGUACGAGGACUCGCCCUACUUGACCCCCGAAGGAACGCUCUACGUCCAAGGAGAGUUCGUAUUGGAGAAGAAAGAUACCCGAGAUUUCUGA